AUGAAUUGCAAAAUUCACAGAGAAGCUCUCGCUUCAAAAUCUAUCAGCCCAUCUUUUGAUGAGGUAUUGCAAUCAACUAUUAAAAUCGUUAACUUCAUCAAAAUUCGUUCGUUGAAAUCCAGAUGUUUCGAACAAAUGUGUGUUGAUAUGGGAGCUGAGCACACUUCCUUACUUUACUAUUGCAAUUCUCGAUGGCUUUCACGUGGAAAUGUAGUGGCAAGACUAAAUAUAUUAAAUAAAUCGUUACAAGGAAAUGAAACUCACAUUUUUGAGCUUCUUGAUAAAAUUACGGCUUUCCAAAGAAAAUUAGUUGUAUGGAAGACUAAAAUAGAAGACAACACUUUUAAUGACUGCUUUCCUAUGCUUCAUACAUUUCUAAAAGAAAAUGAUAUGAACUUGAAUGAGAUCGUCAAAAAUCCCUUUAGUGCUGACCUUCCAACAAAUUUGUCAUCUAUUGAACAAGAACAGUGGAUCGAUGUAACAUCAGAUUCCACAAUGAAGUCCAUGUUUGGAUCAUCGUCGUUAACACAAUUUUGGACGCAUUUGAAACUACAAUACAGCAAAUUGGCCACCAAAGCUUUGAAAAAUUUAACACCUUUUGCAACUUUGUACCUCUGUGAGACCGGGUUUUCUGCGUUAGCUUUCUCUGUAACGGUUGCAAGGCUGCAACAGUCCGACAGUGUUGCCAUGUUCAUAUUGGGACGGGUACAGAUUUCCGAUUUUACAACUGAUAACAGCGAACUUCAUAAGAACAAAAAAAAAGCUAAUGCGCCUAAUGCAGAACAAUUGCAGUUUAGCUACCACGCGAAUUCCUCCAAAAAUCCACUGGCCUUCUACUCGAUGGCCACGAUGUUUGAAAAGCCAAACAUACUUCAGUGUUUGAACAAUGGUGUUUCAUUGCCAGAACUAGAAGACACUAGACAGUAUAAUGCAUAUUAA